GUCACGAAGUCUUCACUCACUCCUCAAUAAAAGGAAAAGCGACCCCAGGGGUCUGGUGUUAGAAAGCCAGUGGCUCGGUGCCUCCCAAGGGCUCCCCACCAGCUGAGGCCGUACGUUCCUGUCCGGAUCCGGGUCUAGGCCUGGCCUAGCAGGCGUGUCGCUAACUGAGGCGCUGCUGUGGCGGAGGUGUCAAGGGCUUGGGUCCCUGUGCGCUGUGGGGAGGGUCCCACCCGUCAGUUCCGCGAGUUCAGCUGUAUCGGUGCCUACCAAAGUGGAAUAGCUCUAUUUUAGAAUGCCAAAAAUGAAGGUGGAAAAAAAAGAAAAGAAGGCAGAAAAAAGAAAAAAGCUAAAGCAACACAUAGCCCAAAAGGGAGAGCUGGAAUCAGAAACUGAACCAAAGAAAAAGAAACAAAAGCUGCAGGCAAUGAAAGAAGAGGAAGAACUUACAGCAGAGGAAAGAAGGAAACUGGAAAGAAAAUUAAAAAAAGAGCGCAAGAAGAAAGAAAAACAGCUGAUGAGGGAAGCUGGAAUCUCUACUAAAAAGGUGGAGCCCAAAAAGCAGUCGGGAUCUGAGCUGGCUCUGGCCUAUUUAACCAGCUGGUCUGAAAACCCAGAAGAAUGGAAGUUUCAAAAGACAAGACAAACCUGGCUUCUCUUGCACAUGUAUGAUAAAGAAAAGGUUCCAGACAAGUAUUUCACCAUUCUACUGGAUUAUCUGCAGGGGCUUCAAGGCGGUGCGCGAGACAUAACUGUGCAGAAAGCUGAAGCUUUUAUGAAGGAAUUUGAUGGUUCCAAUGCAGAAGACCCAAACCUGCUGGAGAAGUGUGAGCGUAUACGACAAGUUCUGCAACUGCUGUCCUGAGGGUCUUUUUGUGUUUUAAUGGUUGUCUGGUGGAGAGGAGAAUAGGAUGUGUUACGCAGAGACUAUAAAUUAGUUACAAGACAUAAUUUCUAAUAAGAAUCCUAAUACGAAAUUUUCAGAUUUUGUACUGUUCAUUGUUUCCAAUUGCAAAUAUUUAUCAUGUUUUGAGGUGAUGAAAUAAAAAUAUCAUAUUUGUUCCACA